AUGGCAUUGUUUAUUUUCACUGUUUCUAGAACAGAUGAAGAAAAUGAGGAAACGAUUAUCAAUUUCAGUCCAAAGGUUUCAGACUUUGGCCUUGCAAAACUGUAUCCAACAGAUCAUAGCAUUGUGUCUGUAACUGCAGCAAGAGGGACAAUGGGAUAUAUGGCUCCAGAGUUGGUUUACAAAAACAUUGGGGGAGUCUCAUACAAAGCUGAUGUUUAUAGUUUUGGAAUGUUGUUGAUGGAAAUGGCAGGCAGAAGGAAGAAUUUGAAUGUGUUUGCAGAGCAUUCCAGCCAAAUGUACUUUCCUUCUUGGGUGUACGACCAGUUCUCUGAAGGAAAGGACAUAGAAAUGGGAGAUGCCACAGAGGAAGAGCAGAAACUUGCAAAGAAGAUGAUCAUAGUGGCCUUAUGGUGCAUACAGCUGAAGCCGAGUGAUCGACCUUCAAUGAGCAAAGUGGUAGAGAUGCUAGAGGGGAAUGUAGAACUCCUGCAAAUGCCUCCAAAGCCCUUCUUAACUCCACAAGAGGUGCCAGCUGAGGACCAUUGAAAUAUUUGAACAAAUCUUCCAUUUCCCUUCAGGUAGUGUUAUCCUAUGUCUUGUUUCAUUCUCUGUAUCUCACUUGCCCUUGAAAUAUUUGAAUCAAUCUUCCAUUUUUCUUCAGGUAA